CCUAAAAUGUGUAGAAAUUCAACUUUCUUUUCAUUCUUUGAAGUUUUAUUGUGUACUUUUUUCACCACCAGCUCUUCAUUUAUCAUUUACAGUAUCCAUUUGAUUAUUACACUGGGUAUUAAGCUGAAAUAAUGCCCCAAAGUCAACAUUUUUAACCCUUUAAUGCCCUAGACUGGAACCCGGAAAAUGAUAAAACUGUCAGAAUGUGGGAUAACUUUUGAAGUAAACCACAUAUACAGAGACAAAUGAACACAUUUUCCCAUACAACACUGACCCAAGGAAUGAAAUGAAGUGGCUGUUUUUGACUUUUGACAACAUUUAAACUGCAUUUCUGGACAAAAACGGCAAUAAAUGGCCUAAAAUGUGUAGAAAAACAACUGUCUUUUCAUUCUUUCAAAUGUUAUUGUGUCGACGGUACUCCCUUGCAUCUGGGGCUCCAAUUGAUCCAGAGGUUGAGGUUGAUGUGUUGCGGGCCGAGGCUGCAGGCAGGGCUGCCAAAGAGCAGUUCAUCCAAGAGCGCUUUGUGUCCAAUAAGAGUGAGUUCUUUGACAGCCUCAAGAAGCUGAAUCUCAAGACAAUGGAUCAGUGCAGCAAGAGGGUCAAACUUACAUCAGCACAGGGGAAGCUCUUUGUGUACCAGGAGCAGAGUAACCUAGCCUAUCAACUUCUUGUAAAGUUGCAGAUUAUGGACAAGCCCAUCAAUAUUGAGGAACUCAUACGGUAUCCUCUCUCACCUGUUCCUCAUGCCCUUGGCUCUCCUGAUGGCUAUUUUGCCAAAACAAAUAAGUCCGCCAUUCUUCACCAUCUGGACAGGGAUGAAGAAGUACCAUACCCUCAGGAUGCCCUUUAUAAUUAUACAGGAUGGCAAUGCCCUCUUUCACAUGAUGACCAACUUACCACCAACCUGUGGGGAGAUUUGCAUGUAGCUCCUGGACCUAAUGGUUGCCAAGCAUCAGUUUGUCUUCUCCACAGAUUGCUACCAGCCAGAUUCCAUCAAAGCCCAAGAGCGACUCAGGCGUGGCUUUACUGAAAGAUACAUAAUUGAUGGUCCAAACACCCGGACGCCCUAUGACUUUAAGUCAUUCCUUGGUAAUGAGUUGAACAAGAAGCAGCUAUGUGACCUCCUUCUUAAGGUGUGGGGGAGCAAUGAGGCAGCAUCUCGGAUUGAGAGGAGUAUGAGAGCAGUGGUGUGUGUUGAUGGGAAAUCCUAUGACAUAACAUCAACCAAUGGAAAAGUCCAGACUUCCGAAAUCUAUGCACUGCGGUCCAACCAGGAGGAGACAGUCAGUCGCAUUGUGCUGUACCUCCACCAGGCUGUCAAAUGGGGGUACAAGUCAUGUGUGGUGAGGACACCUGACACAGACAUUUUGAUGAUCCUCCUCUACCAUGCCAGCAAGAUCAACCUCUCAAUCUAUCUUGACCAUGGCUCUGGCAAACAUCGCGUACAGGUACCGUAA